CAUGCAAUGAUGCAAAGGAAACUCAACGAAGACGCAGAGAAAUGUGGAAGUGGAAGAAUGUCCUUCAACACAGUUACACGUUCACGCGCUCACACACGCGCUCUUACUCCGCCAUUCAGCGCUUCAGCUCAACUUCAACUGCAACUACUCCGAUUGAAUUCCGGUGGCGCUUCCUCCUCACUCGUUCUUCGUUUUCCUAUUCAAGUCAACCACGGCCAGAAAACGGCGCCGUAUCAGCUGCUAAGGAUGAUGAUAAGUUCGAGCCAGUUACUGGAUGGAACAAGCAACUCGUCAAGCUUAAGAUUCUACUCGCCUUUCCCUGGGAGCGUGUCCAAUACGGCUCCCUCUACUCCGUCAAGCUGCGCGGCCGGAUAACGGAACAGCUGCAGAGUAGGUACUCUCGAGCACUGUCUCUGCCUCAGAUUUGUGAAAAUUUCUUCAAAGCAGCUUAUGAUCCUCGGAUCGCCGGCAUCUACCUCCGUAUUGAUCCUCUGAGCUGCGGCUGGGCUAAACUCGAUGAAAUUCGACGUCACAUAUUUGAUUUCAGAAAAUCAGGAAAAUUUGUUGUGGCGUUUGUCCCUUCAUGUCGAGAAAAGGAGUAUUACCUUGCGUCUGCAUGUGAAGAGAUAUAUGCUCCUCCAAGUGCCUAUGUUUCUUUGUAUGGAUUGGCCAUUCAAGCACCUUUCUUCAGAGGUAUUUUAGAUAACCUAGGAAUUGAGCCUCAUUUGGAAAGGAUUGGCAAAUACAAAUCAGGAGAUAACCUUACUCAUAGAUCAAUGACUGAAGAGAGUUCUGAGGUGCUGAACCAAUUGCUUGACAAUAUCUAUACAAAUUGGCUGGAUAAAGUGUCUUCUGCUAAAGGGAAGAAAAGAGAAGAUAUUGAGAACUUCAUAAAUGAAGGUGUGUAUGAUGUGGACAGACUGAAGGAAAAGGGCUACAUAUCAGACGUAAUCUAUGAGGAUGAGAUUAUGGCCAAGUUAAGGAAGAGACUAGGAGUGAAAAUUAAUAAAAAUCUACCUAUGGUUGAUUACAGAAAAUACUCUUUAGUCAGGAAAUGGACUCUUGGAGUAUCUGGUGGUAAAGAUUUGAUAGCCAUAAUCAGAGCCACAGGGCUCAUCCGCGGUGGUGAUAGUUCAUCAGGUGUUCGUUCCUCAGGUGUCAUUGCAGAGAAGAUCAUUGAGAAGAUUCGCAAAGUCAGAGAAUCAAAACAAUUUAAGGCUGUGAUUAUCCGAAUUGAUAGUCCGGGAGGUGAUGCUCUUGCUUCUGAUAUGAUGUGGAGAGAAAUCAGGCUUCUGGCAGCCUCAAAACCAGUCAUUGCUUCAAUGUCUGAUAUUGCAGCAAGUGGAGGGUACUACACGGCAAUGGGAGCAAGGGCAAUUGUUGCUGAAAGUCUUACCUUAACUGGUUCAAUUGGAGUGGUUACAGCAAAAUUUAACCUGGGGAAAUUGUAUGAGAUGAUUGGCUUCAACAAAGAAAUCAUAUCAAGGGGAAGAUACGCUGAACUCCUUGCUGCUGAGCAGCGUUCUUUUCGGCCACAUGAAGCAGAGUUAUUUGCAAAGUCUGCACAACGCAUUUAUAAACAGUUUCGUGACAAGGCAGCUCUUUCGCGAUCAAUGACAGUAGAAAAGAUGGAAGAGGUUGCGCAGGGGAGGAUUUGGAUGGGCAAGGAUGCAGCUUCACAUGGUUUAGUUGAUGCUGUCGGUGGCCUUUCUCAAGCCAUUUCCAUAGCUAAAUCAAUGGCCAAUAUACCUAACGACAGACAGGUUACUGUUGUGGAGCUCUCAAGACCCACCCCUUCUCUACCCGAGAUUUUGAGAAGUCUAGGUGGUUCUAUCGUUGAGGUAGACACAACGUUAAAGGAAUUGUCACAGGACUCGACAUUUUCUAAUGGAGUUCAAGCGCGGAUGGAUGGAAUCAUUGAAUCAUGUUUCAGAAAUUCGGACAUCUAAACCUCAACUGCAUUUUGCCAUUCAUGAAAAAUUGCCUGAAUUCCUUGUAGCCACGAUAAUUCUUACCAAUGGUUUUCCUUCUUUUUUUUUUUUUCAAAUAAAGUUUUCAUUCAGUUUGCCGUUUACACUGGAAAUGUAAGCAUAUAGGGGUCAAUAAACAUGAGAGAUUCUUAGGUUCAUCCCAGGUGAUAGAAUUUCACUCUCUAUCACUGAAUAUGUUACCUUCUAAGAUUCGCAUUCCAUAGAAAUGAACCGAAGCUAUUUUAUAUGUUGACUAGUGCACUUUUUCUCUC